AGUCACAGAUUCCCCAUUGAAAAACAGUGUGUGAAGUGUGAAUGCACGACGUGUAUGCGGCAGGUAAAUGUAUUCGCGAAAGAAUGUGCUGAGCGGACUUCAAUUUUCUUGCAGCGGGACCGGGAUAAUUUAGCCGAUUUUCGGCCCUCUCAACAUGGAAGAGACAAAAAUCAUAUACCACAUAGACGAUGAGGACACCCCAUACCUUGUGAAGUUGCCAAUUCCUGCGGACCAAGUGACAUUAGGCGAUUUUAAGAAUGUUCUCAAUCGGCCCAACUACAAAUUCUUCUUCAAGUCUAUGGACGAUGAUUUCGGCGUUGUCAAAGAAGAAAUUGUAGAAGAUGAGGCCAAGCUGCCAUGCUUCAACGGCCGGGUGGUAUCCUGGCUCGUCCCGGCCGACAGCAGCACAGGAGCGCCAUCGGACACGGGGUCGCAAUGCCAAAGCGAAGCACCCUCAGACAUGCAGCCACCCAUGGAACGGACGGGCGGCAUCGGCGACUCGCGACCGCCUUCUUUCCAUGCGAAUGCACCAGGAAGCACAGACAAACUCAGCGACACAGAAACAGAAUCGGUCAUCAGCUCAAGGAGAGGGAGACACCAAAGUUCAAGGAGGGACAGACAUCAUAAUGAUUUUUCUCGUCCGAAGAGGGACCACCAUCGGAGCGGUCAUGGGUACGAAAGCUCCUCCACGUUAAUGAGCAGCGACAUCGAGUCUACGAGUUACUUCGAUUCCACAGACGACGACAGCAGAUUUAGUAGUGCAACAGAGCGAAGCAGCUCGUCGCGAUUAAUGCGCAGCAAACACAGGAAACGGCGGCGGAGACCGCGCAUGCCUCAAGUCCAGCGUGCCUCUUCUUUUAGCAGUAUAACAGACUCUACUAUGUCACUCAACAUUAUCACAGUAACCUUAAAUUUGGACAAAAUUAACUUCUUGGGUAUCAGCAUUGUUGGUCAAAGCAACAAGGGCGGGGACGGCGGGAUCUACGUGGGCUCAAUCAUGAAGGGGGGUGCGGUAGCAGCGGACGGCAGGAUCGAGCCCGGCGACAUGAUCCUGCAAGUCAACGAAGUCAGCUUUGAGAACAUGAGCAACGACGAUGCCGUCAGGGUACUACGAGAAGCUGUGCACCAGCCAGGACCCAUCAAACUUGUUGUUGCUAAGUGCUGGGAUCCUUCACCUAAGGGUUACUUCACAAUCCCUAGGAGUGAGCCAGUCCGGCCGAUUGAUCCCGGUGCGUGGGUGGCCCACACCAACGCCAUGAAAGUGGCCGCGUACCACGGUCAAGCAGGACCGGUCAGUCCCUCCAUGACCUCAAUGACGUCCGGCAGCUCUUCACUAACCAGCUCUAUCCCCGAGUCCGAAAGAUUGGAGGAUUUCGGCCCACUGUCAAUCAACUCGGACUUGAACACCAUCGUGCGCGCCAUGGCGGCCCCGGACUCUGGCCUGGACAUCAGAGACCGCAUGUGGCUCAAGAUUACCAUUCCAAACGCUUUCCUAGGUUCUGAUGUUGUGGAAUGGCUGUACAAUCGUGUGGAGGGUUUCACAGACCGGCGAGAUGCCAGGAAGUACGCCUGCAACCUCCUCAAGGCGGGCUACAUUCGACACACCGUCAACAAGAUCACCUUCUCUGAACAGUGCUACUACAUCUUUGGAGACCUAUGCGGAAACAUGGCAGCGCUGUCGCUGGGUGACGACACCCCAGAAGUGGACCAGGACACCCUGGCGCCUCUCCCCCAGCACUGGAUGCCCCCCGGCCAGCUACCCCCGAAUAUACCCACGGCCCCUCCCCUACCCUACCAGCCCAUAGGCUAUUCCCAGUUUGACACGGCCAGCUACACCAGUUUUGGAAACGGGAGCGUAGGCAGUGCCGGAAGUGGAGGAAGCAGUGGUUCAGGCCACAGCCAAGACCACAAGGACCGGAAAGGCCGCAGCAAAGGCAGCUCUGGCAGCGAAUCAGACGCCACCUCCAUCAUCAGCCGGUCAACGGCGAGAGGGGACCUACCCAUGCGUGCCGACGGCUCCCUGCGAGGAGACACGCCCCCUAUGUCCGUCAACUCCAUGCCCAUGGGCGUGGCCAUCCCCCCGAUGGGUCAAAUGACAGGUAUCGGGCCGGCAGGACCCAACCUACCCCCUGCGCCCCCCGUCAUGGGCCAGGCGGUGCCCCCGAUGAUUGGGCCCGGGCCCGGUCAGCACACCGUGCCCAUGCCCAGGCAGCUUGGGUCUAUGCCGGAGGACUUAUCGGGCAGUAGGCAGUCCUUCCGGAUGGCCAUGGGUAAUCCCUGUGAAUUCUUUGUGGAUGUUAUGUGAGGGGGCGGGGUUGGGCGGGGCCGGUUGGAUGAGGGCGUGGUCAUUUGGAAAAAAGCAAUCCUGCUGAACGUCCGUUGGGUCAUUCCUUCAAAUGCUUUGUAGAUGUAUUUGAGGGGCGGGGCCAAGCGGAGUGCAUUAGGGCGUGGUCAGUCCGGCAGUGGGUAGUCCUUCCAAAUAACCACAUCUGAUCCCUUCAAAUUCGUCAUGGAUGUUAUGUGAAGGGUGGGGCAGGGGCGUGGUCUGUGAGUUGUCUCGUCAAGUGUUGUGCACACACCUGUCAAUGCCUUGUCACCCCGUCGUUCAUUCAUUGUCAUGUUGUCUUGUAUCCACUCUUGCAUGUCAUUUUCUCCUUUCCUCCUCCGUCCAUUUUCGUAGAGCUGCCUGUUAAAAAAAAAUUAUUUUCAAAUACGCUCAGCAGUAUUUUUCUUUCUUAUUUUUUCCUUGUAAUUUUGCAUGAAAUUUUGCCAGGAGGCAGACUUGUACGUUGUGCAUUUUUUAUUUUGACUGAUAAGUGUAAAAAAAAAACUCCCCAAUAUUUUGCUUAGUGAGUUGUUCUGCUCGUACCUUUUUUAUUUUUGUUCCUACAUUUAUUUUCUGAAGUUGUCCCUUUUCUUUUUAUCUAAAUGCAUAACAGCUGGUCGAAAAUCGUCUACUCAGUCAAGUUAUUAUUUAAAUCUUUUAUUUUCUUUUUUCAAACUUAUGAAAAUGUUUCUGGAUUGCAAUUUGUUUCCUAUAUAUUGCAAAGUUUUGUCUCAACAAAUAACAGUUCAGUAUCAAUGAAAUUAAAAAACAAAAAUAACCACUUCACGGAGCUGAGAAGCAACUCAAAUUUAGCCAGGCAGAAAAGUAUUUCAAACAAAAAGCCAAAAGCAUCCAAAUUGCUCCAUGUUCAAGUAAAGGUACAAUAUAUCAGAGCAGAAAAACUUGCUAAGCAAAUACAAUUGAAGCUAAAAAAGCUGGCUACCAACACUUAAGUGUAUUUUUGUGUGUGCUGGUGUAGGAAGUGAACCGGUGAAAUGUGCUAAGCCAAAAUAAAUCUGCUGAGCUAAAUUAUUCUGGGGUUUUUUUUUGGCAGCUCUCUGAAAAUGGGACGCUCGGGCUCUUGGUCUCAUCCCUUUUUUUUGUCUUUUUCUUCCUGUUUUUCCAUCUCAAUUUCCAGGGCUCGCACAGGCCAGCGAGAUUGCAAGAAUGUAACGUUGGUUGCCGGGGAGUUCACAAGGUAAAAAAACACAAAAAAAGGAAAAAAUAAACAAAUCAGCGACCAGCCCUUCUAGCUCUCCGGAUGCUGUAAAAAAAAAAAAAGAAAAAAAAAAAGGAAAUUCAUGUGAAAAUUGUUCGAGCUGCAUUAGUUGCGUAGAUGUAAACGUGGAGGUUACAUGCUGUGUGGCAGUCUCAUUCCCCCUCCCCCCCCCAGCAUUUCGUAGACCAUUGUCACUGUUUAAAAGAGUCUAACAUUCCACAUUGUGGCAAUGAAACUUUCAAAUAUAACAACCCAAAAAAAAAACCUUUCACAAUUUUGCCCACAAAUGCAGCUUUUGCAGCCCUGUCACUUUUUCUGUCUGUCUUUCUUUCUUUCUGUGUGUGUUUUUUCUUCUUCCCUAUGUCUUUGUCACACUUGAAUGUGUCGGUCUACUUGUUAGUAAAUAUCUCCAUUGUGCGAUCUAUUUUCUUUCCUUUUCUUCAUCUUCCUGUGUUGACCAAAAAAAAAAGGUGUAUUCAUUAAAGGACAGCAGUAGAGGGCGCUGUUUCAAAUCCACAUACAUUUUUUUGGUUCCACGUGUAGAAUCACUUGUAAUGGCCACAUGUUUGAUUGUCAUCCGUGUUUUUUUAGGAAUUUGCUACAAGUAGAACGCUUGUUGGCAAAAGACUCAUUCAUUAAGCCCCUCCCCCGUUUGGGUUUUGACCAAUCACGGCUGCGAUUGAUGGCUGGCAUGGGGGCACAAAAGUCCGACAUGCGCGCACGUGCGCAUAACAGGCACGGCUGUAAAUGCUGUGUGGCAUUGGGGAUGCACACGUAUUGUUGCGCAGUGGGCGGGACUAUCGCCUGAAAUCGUAACUUUGUUGCUAUGCAUCAUGGGAUUGAUCCAUAUCCCAUCAUGCACCACAGUAGAUUCCCACUUGGCCCGUAAAGCACAAACGGGAAAUGAGAUUGUGAUUUUGCUACACUACAAAUAUGUGGAUUUGAGUAGAGUCUGAGCCCUGUACUGCUGUUCUGAUUUAAUAAUCAUGUCAAGUUGAUACGCACAUUUGUCAGUUGACAGUGUAUUUUUGCCCACUUGGACAAACAGCUCAAAGCAGUUGUUGGUAACCCUCAGGUUUUCCCAUAGGAAAACAUGUAAAAAAGCUGUGCACCAGUGUUGGCAUGUUGGUUUCUUGUAUACCAUGAAAACCAGUUUGCUUCACAGUUCAUGUGACUUGUUUUGCCUUCUGCAAGUAACCACUGUAAAAUUUUGUAGUCUGAGAGAAUAAAGCACACCAAAACUAUUCACAGAGUAUUCACUUUGGUUAAAAAAGAGAGAGAGCAAAAGAAAGUAAAGAAACAUCUGUAUUUAAGACUCAUUUGAUGGAACGUCACUGCAGAUUUUUGUGUUAGUUGUGUACAAAAGUGUAUUAUUUAAAAUGGAAACAAGUGUACAAGCUGAGACAUUUUUACGCUUCUAAUUUACAAGAGUAAGGAAAAAUUUGGGUUUUUGGGUAGGUGUUUAGGAGGAAGUAAGUUGUGAGAUUUUUGUGGCUGAGAUCAUGCAGAUUAAUGUUAUUUAUGCAAAAUGGUGCAGCCAAGUUUCCAUCAAUGACAUUUAAGGCCACAAUUUGUACUGUAGCUGUCUCAUCUUCAUUUGUUGGCAUGCUUUUUUUCCCAACAUUUUUCAAACCUGCAUGGCGACCGUCUUUUCAAUUUUCCACCAUGACCUGUAUAAACCAAAGCACAGCCAACUGUGUCAGAAAUAGUCUGGUACCCACUAGAAGUGCUCCAGUUUGUCAUUGUCUUUGCUUUACUUAAGCAUUUGGCACAAGACCAAGAUGGCUGCCGCAUUGUGUCAUCUAGUUCAGUAGUGCAUAUAUGUUUUGAUGCAUUUUUGUCUACUGCCAAUCUUUUUUGCUAAUUAGAUUUUUUAAGAAACAAAUCUGCCACAAGUUUUUAAAUGUCUAAAACGAUGUUUUAAUAAUGUACAUGCCGUUUUUGGUUUUACAUAAUACGUAAUCUCUUUUACAUGAAAUCACAUUUUGACGAGCCAACAGUUUCUCUCACAUUUUAAAGAAACGUUAAAUGCUACAAUUUUUAGAAUGACGAAAUGUCCUCACGAGGACACAAAAAUUGUUAAAUCAAGUUUGUACUUCGUGUGAUUGAACAUAGAAAUUGUACAUGUCUAACUGUAUUCAAUGAUUAUUAAUGAUAGCAGAUUUUAAAAUGAAUAAGAAAAUUGUCUGUUUUGUUUGAAUUUUUUUUUAUUAAAAAAAAAAAAAUCAGUAUUUGUAAUUAUUAUAAUGCACUUGUUAUUGUAAUUCAUGAAUAAAGGGUAUAGCAAAGAUCAAGAUUUAGUCCUUUGAUAGAACAUGCAAUCUCCAGUACUAACUGGUUCAUAAAAUAAAAAAAAACAUCUUGAGACAUUUCAAUUUUCCCCUACCAGUCUCACAAAACUUAAUAUUCAGUACUGUCAGGAGUUUAAGAAAUGGGGUACUCCAGGGGCCAACUCGCAAACAGACAAAAAAUUGCCAAAAUUAUGUUUGUGAUUAGAAUUGUGUUCCGCUCUUUUAACUGUAGAUGUUUUGCCGCCUCUGUACAUAGAGCUGUUAUAUUUGGUUCGGGGGGGGGGGGGGGGGACUAACUGUGUUCAAGGAACAAACUUUGUGUACUUUUUAUUGUAAGAUGGUUUUCAUGACUUUGAGCAUCCAUAGUUUCAAACAGCGCCCCAAAUGUUUUAAGUUAAUGCACAGUGCCGUUCUUAUCUGUGUAGAAAUGCAUGUUUUUAUAUGUAUGAUGUAAAUAAGUAUUGGCUAGUUUUCUUUUAAGGAAAAUCAUAUAAAAAAACGUUGUUACUUUUGGAGUCCUAUUUAUUGGGUAAUGUACAGACAUGAUCAGUGUCAGUUUAAUAUAUUUAGGAAUCAUUACCAGGGGGUAGGACAAAUCACGUAACAUUUCUCUCUCGAAAAAGGUUUUUUUUUUUAAAUGCAGCGGACUUUUGCUGUAAUUAUUAGUAGCGAUUGCAUAUCCUUCAGUAUUCAAGGGAAAACUCGAAAAUUGCCUGUUCAUCUGAGAAAAGAAAUGGUGUGUUUCAGUUUGGUGUCCUUCAAAUUUAUGCAAUUUAGGGAACGAAGUUGUCGUGCAGGAAUACAUUCAGCACUGAUUAGACCACAGAAAAAUAUUCCUAAUAAUUCUUACAAAAGGAAUCAUGUAAACAAGCAAAUUACUUUAUUAAUGUAACAUAGUUUAAAAACAAUGUCGACUGCCAAUCAAGUUAAGGAUAUUUGUUUGAUAUAGUUCAGUAUUUUUUUUCCUGCCGAUAUUUUUUUUGUCCGUCAUGAAAAAGAAGAGUAAUAAUGUUCUAGACGUAGAUUUUGCAAAGAUAGUUGUACUAAAAAAAGAAGACUUGUACUGUAGAUCUCACAUCAGGAGCUGAGUGUGUGAGUUUCUGUGUUCAAGGUCGAUGUCUAUUCCUUUUAUGUCACCGCAGUACCAAUAAUAUUCCGUUAUUUACGUCCAGCUGUUUUGGCUUUGUUGUAAAUUUCAACGCAGAAACAUUUUGAAAUGUGAUCACCUGUAGUGUGCUCUUCUUGCUGCUCAAAAAAGCAAAGCCAUUCACAUAUCAAAGAAUUAGCAUUUGCUGGAAAACAUUGUAAUUUUGCAUAGCUUUUUGGCCUUCAUUUACAUGGGGCAAUUUGUAAUAAUAUACAGUUUCAUGUACGAGUACUUGUGUAAAUUUGGUGCAAGUAGUUAAUACGUACUGUUUGCCAAAUUUGGUUCGCAGUCCUGCGUUCUAAACAUAGCUCGGAAAUGCAAUAAAGGUUGCUGGAUGCAAUACAGAAAAUCUCAAUCACCGUUCGUAUUAAAGUUCUUAACAAUCCGACAAUAUUUAGAGAAUUGAAAAAAACAUCUAAAGCUCAGUUGGAACAAAGCAUCAUCAACGACUAUAAAGGAAUACACAUCAGCCAGAUGAUGUCGACGCCCAGUUGUGUUUUACCAAAGACGUAAAUAAACAAAAGAAAACAGGCUUUAAUACGGCCUUGCCUGUUUUUUGUUGUUUGCUUUUUUGUUUUUGUUCAUUUUUUUUUGUAAAGAAUAAUUAUUAUGUAGUUAAAGAGCUCGGUAUCUGAGUAAUAAGUAAACACGAUGAAAAAA